AUGAAGUUGAACGUUUCGAAUCCCACCACUGGAUGCCAGAAGAAGCUUGAAAUUAAUGAUGACCAGAAGCUUCAAAGGAGUGUUAACUCCGAGUCGCGUUUGCCUCUUGCUUCACUAAGGAACUCCUUAUUUCCAAGGACACAAAGGAGAAAUGGGGAGCAAAGGAGGAAGUUUGUCCCUGGGUGCAUUGUCAGCCCAGAUCUAUCAAUUUUGAACUUGGUGAUUAUGAAAAAGGGUGAGAAUGAUUUACCUGGCAUGGCCGAUGUUGAAAAGCCAAGUAUUAUAGGUCCCAAGAGAGCAUCCAAAAUACGUAAGUUGUUCAACCUGUCUAAGGAGGAUGAUGUAAGGAAGUAUGUCAACACCUACCGUAGAACAUUCACAACCAAAGUUGGGAAAAAGAAGAGCAAAGCUCCCAAGAUUCAACGUAUGGUUACUCCUCUCACUCUCCAAAGAAAGUGA